AUGGAAAAUCCAGGCAAUACCAGAGCAUAUGAACCGAGAGUACAGGUUCUUGUAUAUCCUAAUUUUGAUUGGACUCAGCACUUGACCGCAUGGUGCAGCACUAGUCCCGGGGAAACCAGGGUUCCCACAGUCUUUGGAUAUCCAGAAACUUGUGCAUGGAUUUCGCAACGUCCAAGUCGGUCCUCUCCCUCUGGGAACUCCCCGUUCACCGAACAUUGGAAAGUGGAAGCAGGCGUCAACCAUGAAUUUCUUCGCACCGGACGAUAUUAUACAGUUCAAGGUCAUUUGUUGAGGACCAUGGAGGCAUUAUGGUUUUUCUUUACUCCGUCCAGCAGGAUCUACGCAUAGACGUCUGUCUCCAGAAACGACUUCACUGGCUCACUUUUCGUCAGAUUGGGAUCAGCAAACACAGACUGUUGGCAUCUUUAUUUUUUCAACGGUUAGCACGACGCCACUCUUCGUAUCGGCCGUACAAAUUUUGGCAUUGCUGUCAAUGUUCUCUUCCGCGCUCUUCUUUUGAAAUGGCGUGAAAUAUAGCAGAAGGUAG